CCAUGGAUACCAACAGAGAGGCAGUUUAGCUCCAUCUUCCCUGCAGUCGGUUCAGGCAGCCAUUGCAAGCUAUGAGCAGUUACAAGAGGAGACCUUCUCCACGGCCUUUAGUACCAAGAUCAUCAUCUCCUAUCAGUACAAAGAUACAAACUGCUAAACUGAGCAGUAGGGAAGGGACUACUGGCCUUUCCUGCCUUGAAGCAUCACUAGUAACAAGAAGAGGCUCUCCUGUGGUACUAGAAAUACUAUUCUCCUCCCCCAUCACUGCAGGAUACACUGUCACCCUCUCAUUUAUUCCUGUCCAUGGCCCGAGGGAGAGGUCCUGCACUUUUAGAGCCUCAGGCCAGGACGGGAAAGGACUGCCUGGUAUUUGGCUGAGUAUAGAGCUACCGGCAAGAUUCCCCGUUGGAAUGUAUGAUGCACACAUAUCAGUGACACAAGAAAAUACUCCUGAAAUAUUAACACAUACGCUUCACAAUGAAGUAGUGGUGCUAUUCAAUCCGUUUUUGGAAGAGGAUGAGGUUUAUAUUGAAGAAAAUGUAGAAGAGUAUGUACUGUCUGAUACUGGAGUCAUCUGGCGUGGAACAAGAACUAAACCAGAACCAUUACUGUGGGAAUAUGGACAGUAUGAGCCACACUGCUUGGAGGUAGCACUCCUGUUGCUGAGGAAAUUGAAAGUUGAUAAAAGAAGAAGUGCAUUUCAUGUUGCAAGAGCAAUCAUAUCACAGAUAUUACCUCCUGACAGUCCUGAAUCAGGGAUACUGGCAGUGUCUUACAAUGGUAAAUAUGGAGGAGGAACACAUCCCAGCAAAUGGACCAGCUCUGUUCCUAUAUUGCAGAAAUACUACCGAACAAGAUCACCAAUAAAGUAUGGACAGUGUUGGACUACUGCAGGAAUAGCUGUUACCUUAUUAAGAAUAUUAGGAAUACCCUGUCGUCCUGUCACAUGCUAUGACCCUGCAAUGAGUACCAAACAGUUAGGACGAGUUAACAAGUACUUCACACCUGAAGGAAACCUUAUUGAUAGCAUAAAACCUAGUGAUGACCGAAUAUGGGCAUAUCAUGUUUGGGUUGAAUGUUGGAUGAAAAGAGAAGAAGUAUCAACUAUUGGGUGGAAUUUGAUUGAUUGUUCAACUAGCAAUGGGCCAGUUAGUGGCAUUGGACCAAUACCAGUCAAAGUACUACACGAUUCAAGCAACAAGACCUACUCAAAUAAUGACAUUAGCAGAAUAUCAUCAAUGAUUCACUCUGAGGUAAGAUAUCAAAGAGUAGUUCGAUCCCAUGCUACAAUGAGUAAUCAGAUCUGUACACUAGCACAAAUACAAACAACUCAAACUGGUACUAGAAUAGUAACCAGUAGUAUCAGUGACAGAAUGGAAUGGACUGACAUUACAACAGAAUAUCGUGAACCAAACAGACAGGCAGUAGUAUCACCAACUCUUCAGAGCCCAAUGCCACAAUCCAGCGAUUGCAGCAUGACUGUACACUGCUCUCAUGUACCUGUAGGUCAAGACUUAAAAAUAACAAUAAUGUUACAAAGUAACAGUCCAAUGCUCCGCACUAUUGAUGGUAGAGUGCUGGGAGCAGCUACUCAUUAUACUGGACACAAUAGGAAGACCUUUGUAUCCUUACAAUUUGAAGGAUCAAUAGCUCCACACAACACUGGUGAAAUUGUACUAACUGUUACUAGUAGACAAUAUUUGCGUCAUUUAAAAGAUCAGAAUUUUCUUCAUUUUUUUGUAAUUGCAAAGGCUCGUGAAACUCAACAAUUGUUUUUUGAUUCCCAAUACUACAAACUAGACCCACUACCACUGACAGUAAGAGGACCAGGAACAGUAAAAGUUGGAGAGUUAGUUAGAUACUCAAUCUCCUUUCACAAUCCACUUUCAUCAUCACUGUCUCAUAUCUCAUUCAUACUCCAAGCUAAAGGACUCUGUACUCAGAAAGAAGUGGCCUACAGGAGGUUAUUGCUACCAGAAAGAAGUGCUGCAGCUGACAUUACAGUACAAGGAUCAGUUCCUGGUACAUACACUGUACUGGCCAGCAUGUGCUGUGACCAACUGACCGAUAUCCACACUUCAACUACACUCAUUGUAACAACUUGAAUUAUUAUUAUACUUUUCACAACGGCUAAUGUUUAUUAUACUUAAAUUUUAUUAUUAUUUUGAAGCUAAACUCUAAGCAUUAAAUUGAA